AUGAAAGAAUUAAAAUUUUUCAAAUGUCCGUUAGUAAUUGGUUCUAAUAGUAAUUUUGGUGGUGGUUCUUCUAGUGGUGAAAAUGGUUUUAAUGCUGAUAAUUUUGGUGAUGGUUCUUCUGAUGGAAAUGGUUCUGAUAUUAAUGAUUCUAAUGUUGAUUCUGAUGAUGCUAAAAAUGUAUAA